UUAAUUAAAGAAAGUAGUGUAUGUGAGAGAAAGAAUUGAAGAGAUUUUGGUGACAGUUUGAUAGAGGUGUGAGAGAGAUCUAGCAAACUAGCAGCUGUCUAUGAUCUGCAGGGCAGUGGUUGCUUGCUUGAGUUGAAAAGUACUGAAGAUCGAUGAUGCCCAGAGAACAAUCUGAUGAAAAACCCAUUAAUGUUGUUCAUGUAAUGGGACUUGAUACUACUACUACCGAUUCAUUAGAUCAUGUUCAUGACCAUGAUGAUGAUCAAGUAGUAGUACUAGAUCAUCAUCAUAAUCAUCAGUAUAACUUCAAAAACCUCCUCUGGCAUGGUGGCUCAGCCUAUGAUGCUUGGUUCAGCUGCGCCUCCAAUCAGGUGGCACAGGUUCUAUUAACACUGCCUUACUCAUUCUCUCAGCUGGGAAUGGUCUCAGGCGUGUUUCUUCAAGUUUUCUACGGCAUCUUAGGAAGUUGGACUGCAUAUCUCAUCAGUUGUCUCUACAUUGAGUACCGUACUAGAAAAGAGAAACACAAUAAUGUCUGUUUCAAGAACCAUGUCAUCCAGUGGUUUGAAGUUUUAGAUGGGUUAUUGGGUCCAUACUGGAAAGCUGCCGGGUUAGCCUUCAACUGCACUUUCCUUCUAUUCGGCUCCGUCAUACAGCUCAUAGCCUGUGCAAGUAAUAUAUAUUACAUAAAUGAUCAUUUGGACAAAAGAACAUGGACAUACAUUUUUGGAGCUUGUUGUGCGACCACGGUUUUCAUACCUUCAUUUCACAACUAUAGACUUUGGUCUUUUCUCGGUCUGGCCAUGACCACUUACACCGCCUGGUAUAUGACCAUCGCCGCCCUAGUCCACGGCCAGGUUAAAGGUGUGACCCAUUCGGGUCCUACGACUCUGGUGUUAUAUUUUACAGGGGCCACCAAUAUCCUCUACACUUUCGGUGGUCAUGCCGUUACUGUAGAGAUCAUGCACGCCAUGUGGAAGCCACAAAAAUUCAAGUACAUUUACUUGUUUGCAACUCUUUACGUCUUCACACUAACGAUCCCAUCUGCAUCAGCCGUCUAUUGGGCUUUCGGCGACGAGCUUCUAGACCACGCCAAUGCCUUCGCCCUCCUCCCCAGUUCCGCCUUCAAAAGCUCCGCCGUAAUUCUAAUGCUCAUCCAUCAGUUCAUAACGUUCGGGUUCGCUUGCACGCCUCUAUAUUUCGUGUGGGAGAAGGUUAUUGGUAUGCACGAAACGAAGAGCGUAUUCUUGAGGGCAGUGGCGAGGCUGCCCGUGGUCAUACCCAUUUGGUUCUUGGCCAUAAUUUUCCCAUUUUUUGGGCCAAUAAACUCGGCUGUGGGGGCACUUUUGGUUAGUUUCACGGUUUACAUAAUUCCUGCUCUUGCCCAUAUGCUCACUUACAGAAAGGCAUCAGCCAGAAAGAAUGCGGCGGAGAAGCCACCAGUGUUCUUGGCGAGCUGGGCGGGAAUGUAUGCUGUGAAUAUAUUUGUGGUGGUUUGGGUGUUGGUGGUGGGUUUUGGGUUUGGGGGAUGGGCAAGUAUGAACAAUUUUAUGAAGCAGGUUGACAAAUUUGGGCUUUUUGCUAAAUGCUACCAGUGCAAACCCUCAUCAACCCACCAUCAUUGACCACUCCACGACCCCUUUUCUUUUCUUCUUUUUCUUGUGUUUUUUGUUCAUUCAUCAUCUUCUACUUCUAGUGCUGGAAUCUGGAUAUUGUAUUUGUUGGUUCCUAUUUUGCUGGUUCCUAUUUUGCCGGUUCUUACAGUUAUAGCGGCCGAUUUCUAUGGGUUGAAAUAGGUUUUCUA